UGAACCCCCAAAUUCCGCAGCCCCGCCCCCGAGCAGGGCCCCCCGAGAGCCUGCGGGCGCUGCGGCAGAGCUUCGCCAGCCUCUUCUCCGACUGAGCCCCAAAACACCAACGGGAGCCCCAAAAUACCAACGGGGCACCCCGAAAAUCCCACUGUGGGCACCCCGAAAAUCCCACUGAGGGCACCCCGAAAAUCCCACUGUGGGCACCCCGAAAAUCCCACUGAGGGCACCCCGAAAAUCCCACUGAGGACACCCCAAAAAUCCCACUGUGGGCACCCCGAAAAUCCCACUGAGGGUACCAAAAAAUUCCACUGUGGGCACCCCGAAAAUCCCACUGAGGGUACCCUGAAAAUCCCACUGUGGGCACCCCGAAAAUCCCACUGAGGGCACCCCAAAAAUCCCACUGAGGGUACCCUGAAAAUCCCACUGAGGGUACCCCAAAAAUCCCACUGAGGGUAUCCCAAAAAUCCCACUGAGGGUACCCCAAAAAUCCCACUGAGGGCACCCCGAAACACACCUGGGAGGUGCCUCAAAAAUGCACCCAGGGCGCCCCAAAAACCUCCUGGAGAGUCCCAAAAUUCCAACGAGGGUACCCCCAAAAACCCCCUGGGGAUGCCCCAAAACUCCAACGAGGGUACCCCAAAUUACCAAUGUGGAGCCCCAAAAAUUCCCCCACGGGCACCCCAAAAUACCAAUGGGGGUGUCCCAAAACCCCCCCCCGGGACACCUCAAAAACGCCCCUGGGGGUACCCCAAAAACCCUUAUGGGGACACCCCAAAAACGCACCUGGGGAGCCCCAAAAUAUCAACGGGGCAGCCCAAAAAUCCCCCCAAAAUGCCACCAAAAACCUGCCAGGGGACACUCUGAAAUACCAGCGGGGACACCCCAAAAACCUCCUGGGGACACCCCAAAAAUCCUACUGGGGGACACCCCAAAAACCUCCCUGGGGACACCCCAAAAAACCGUCCUGGGGGAGCCCCGAAAACCUCCUGGGGACACCCCAAAAAUCCUACUGGGGGAGCCCCAAAAUACCGACGGGGACACCACAAAAAUCCUACUGGGGAGCCCCAAAAACCUCCCUGGGGACACCCCAAAAAUCCUACUGGGGGAGCCCCAAAACCUCCCUGGGGACACCCCAAAAAUCCUCCUGGGGGAGCCCCAAAAACCUCCUGGGGACACCCCAAAAAUCCUACUGGGGGAGCCCCAGAAACCUUCCUGGGGAGACCCCAAAAACCCACCCGGGGGCACUUCAAAAUCCCACUAUGGGGGGUACCCCAAAAACCUCUUGGAGACACCCUAAAAAUCCCUUCCGGGGCCCCCCAAAUCUCCCUGUGGACACCCCAAAAAUCCCCCGGGCACAUCCCAAAACCCCCUCAACACUGCCAUGGGGACGCCCCCAGGGUCACCCCAAAAUCCCCCUCGGGAGACCCCAAAACUUCCCAAGGGGUGCCCCCAAAUCCCCCCCAGAGUUCGCCAAAAUGACCCCUGGGGUCACCCCAGAAUCCCCCCUGAGGACACCCCCAAAUCCAUCCCCGCUUUGCCGCCCCACAAAUGGGGGGCUUUGGGUGCCCGGGACCCCUGAGAAUGCACCCCAAAACCCCCUGGGGUGCCCCAAAAUCCACCCGGGACCCCCCAACUCCACCUUGGGGAGGGGUCCCUGGAGUUCAAGACCCCCCCAAAUCCACCCUGGGGAGGGGUCCCUGGAGUUCAAGACCCCCCUAAAUCCACCCGGGACCCCCCCAAAUCCACCUUGGGGAGGGGUCCCAGUGGUUUGGGACCCCCCAAAUCCGCCCUGGGUGGGGUCCUGGGUGUUCGGGACUCCCCCAAAUCCACCCGGGACCCCCCCAAAUCCAACAUGGGGAGGGGUCCCCUGGAGUUCAAGACCCCCCAAAAUCCACCCGGGACCCCCCAAAUCCACCUUGGGGAGGGGUCCCUGGAGUUCAAGACCCCCCAAAAUCCACCCGGGACCCCCCAAAUCCAACAUGGGGAGGGUUCCCUGGAGUUCAAGACCCCCCAAAAUCCACCCGGGACCCCCCAAAAUCCACCUUGGGGAGGGGUCCCUGGAGUUCAAGACCCCCCAAAAUCCACCCGGGACCCCCCAAAUCUUCUCUGGGUGGGGUCCCUGGAGUUCAAGACCCCCCAAAAUCCACCCAGGACCCCCCAAAUCCACCUUGGGCAGGGGUCCCUGGAGUUCAAGACCCCCCAAAAUCCACCCGGGACCCCCCAACUCCACCCUGGGUGGGGUCCCGGGUGUUCGGGACCCCCCCAAAUCUGCCUGGGUGGGGUCCCGGUGGUUCGGGACCCCCCCAAAUCCCCCCGGCGCUCCCCUCCCCCCCACUGCUCUGUGCUCUCAGUGUGCGCUCGUGAGUGUGUAAGCCCCGCCCCCCCCGCUUGACCACGCCCCCUUUGUCGGACACACCCUGCUUAGCCCCGCCCCCUUCGCCCCGGUGGGCGGGGGUCAAUAAAUCCCUGAGCUGCUGG